AUGUGUAAUUCAGUUGCUGAUACUCCGUGUGCUGAAAAAAAGAAAUUCCUUUCUAAACUUAUUUCAAAUAAAAAACACUAUUUGGAAUUUGUAGAACAAAUAGAUACUGAAUACCACCAAACAAAUAAUGAUGGGAAUGAUAAUGAUAAUAAUGCAAAUUCUACUUCUUUGGAUUCCUUUAAACAAUGGGCUCAGUCAAUAGCAGACAAAGCUAGAGAAAACACCAAAGAUAUAAUUGGUCAGUUUGAUAAUGCUCAGUUUCUUCCAAGCUUAGAGUCGUGUAUAGUAAAUACCAUGAAAUUCUUCCCAUGUUGGUCUGGAAUUAUGAGAGAUAAUUUUGGAUAUGGAACAGAGACUGCUUCUAGUAGUAGAAUAGAAAGUAACUUCAAUCAAUUGAAGAAUAGACUUUUUAAAAAUGAAUCAUUACCCUUAAGAAUAGACACGUUCUUGGAAAAAUUAUUAAUUUAUUAUAAAGGUGACCAUUUGUUGAUACAAGGAGAUAAUCAAGAUUGGGAAGAUGGGAUUUCAACUGAAAAUGAACCAGUCCAUAAUCCAGACAUGCUCAAUAUAUCAACUGUUGGAUAUAAAAAUAAUUGUGUUCAAUAUACUCCACCCGCAGAACAAGAAGUGAUGAUUGAUAGGUAUUAUGUAGAUGAUAAUACAUCAUUACAAUAUGACAUUCAAGAAUGGGAAGACAGUAUUUUAUUUGAAAAUGAACCUGAUACUUUUCCCAAAACCAAUAAUAAUCUAGUAAAUGAUAAUGUAUUUCAAGACAAUCAAAGAACCGUACAAAACGGUAGCAGUAAUGAGGAUGAAGAUGAAAUUAUAAGGAUCUCUAAAAAUAUAAAUGUAUCUGAUAUUGUAAUCGAUGAAAGCAAUAAUAUUGAAAAAUUAAACAAAAAUAAUCAUUAUAAGCAGAAAAUUGUACAAGAAACAUUAUUAAAUGAAAAAGAAACAUGUAGUGCUUCUACAAAUGAAGAUUAUUCUAUGGGAUUACACAAAUGCAUGUUUUGUAAAAAAAUCCGUUCCUAUCUUCGGAUGUUCAGUUUCAACACCAGAUGGUAA